AUGGCUCCUCACAAUGCUCCCUUGUAUUUGUUGUGCUUUUCCUUAAUCACAAUCUUGCAAUCCACUUUAGCACAAUCCGACAACUAUAUCAUCCACAUGGACCCAUCAGCCACGCCGAAGGCCUUUUCAGAUAACCAUGGUUGGUAUCUGUCCACUCUUACCACAAUAUCCGAUAUUACCACCACCACCGCCACCAACAAAAUUCUUUCGUCAUCUAAACACAUCUACACUUACAAUCAUGUGAUGAAUGGUUUUAGUGCAAGUCUCACACCUUCUGAGCUUGAGGCCUUAAAAGGUACUCUUGGUUAUAUUUUUUCCGUCAAGGACUUGCCUGUCAAAAAACACACAACUCAUACAUCUGAAUUCCUCGGCCUGAAUCCCAAAUUUGGGGCAUGGCCAGCCUCAGAAUACGGGCGGGAUGUCAUUAUUGGGGUCGUGGACACUGGUGUUUGGCCUGAAAGUGAAAGCUAUAAUGAUCAAGGGAUGAGCGAAAUCCCAUCAAGAUGGAAAGGUACAUGUGAAAGUGGUACUCAAUUCAACUCUUCAAUGUGCAACAAGAAGCUAAUUGGAGCUCGUUACUUCAACAGAGGCCUAGUUGCACAGCUACAAAAAAAUGUGACCAUAGAAAUGAAUUCUGUGCGCGACACUGAUGGUCAUGGUACCCACAUCUCCUCCAUUGCCGCAGGAAACUAUGUUAAGGAUGCUUCAUAUUUCGGCUACGCAUCGGGAACUGCUAAUGGUGUAGCUCCUCGUGCACAUGUGGCCAUGUACAAGGCUCUAUGGGAGGAAGGUCCUUCUGUUACGUCUGAUGUAAUUGCUGCAAUUGAUCAUGCAAUAAGUGAUGGCGUAGAUGUGUUGUCCAUUUCUCUUGGAUAUCCUGGGGUUCCAUUGUAUUUAGAUCCUAUAGCCUUGGCCACAUUUGCAGCAAUGGAGAAAGGCAUAUUUGUGUCCACCUCGGCUGGAAAUAGCAUACCUUUUUUUGAGGAACUCCAUAAUGGCAUACCUUGGGUCCUAACCGUGGCUGCCGGUACAAUUGAUCGUCAAUUUGGUGCCAUCUUGAGUCUUGGAAACGGAGUGAAAAUCCCAGGCUCUGCUCUUUAUACAGGGGAUUAUAAUUCAACCCAAUGCCCAAUAGUAUUCUUGGAUGAAUGUAAGCACUCCAUUGAAUUGAAGAAAACUGGGGAAAAGAUCGUUGUGUGUGAAGAAAAGGACGAUAAUGUAUAUCUCAUCCAAGUGGGUAAGGUAAGGAAGGCCAAUGUCACAGGAGGUAUUUUUAUAACAAAUUCUACAGGACCGUUUCCCGAAUCCACAUUUCCUGCUGUAUUCAUGAAACCAAAAGAUGGUGAAACAAUCAAAGACUACAUCGAGAGAAACAAAGAACCAAAAGUAAGCUUGGAAUUCAAAAUUACAAAUCUUGGCGCGAAACCACGACCAACCGUUACAGACUUCAGCCUUACAGGACCAUCACAAAGCUGCCCAUUUGUAUUAAAGCCCGAUAUUAUGGCUCCCGGUGCGAGGGUCUUCGCUGCAUGGCCUUCGAACAUUCCGGUUGGCGUGCACAACUGGGAACCUUACUACACCAAUUUCAAUAUGCUAUCAGGUACAUCAGUGGCAUGUCCUCAUGUAGCAGGCGUUGCGGCUCUUUUGAAAUCGGCACAUCCCGAAUGGAGUCCUGCCGCCAUCAGAUCUGCCAUGAUGACCAGUGCUGAUGUGACGGACAACACGCAUUAUCCUAUUAAAGAAUCUAGUAACAAUUUAGAGAUAGCAUCUCCUAUUGUCAUGGGAGCCGGACAUGUCAAUCCAAAUAAAGCACUAGACCCCGGACUCAUUUACGAUGUGGGUGUGAAUGAUUAUGUGAAUCUUCUUUGUGGAAUGGGGUUCACAGCCAACCAAAUCCAAGCCAUCACAAGGUCAUCUACAACCAAUUGUUCUGCUCCAUCAUUGGACCUUAACUACCCUUCAUUCAUUGCAUUUUUUAAUGUGAAUGAUGACUCCAAAUCAGACAUGACAAUGGUGCAAGAAUUUCAGAGAACAGUGACGAAUGUGGGUGAGGGAAUGUCUACCUACAUUGCUAAGGUCCCGACAUUGGAGGGGCUUAAGGUCAGUGUCACUCCAGAGAAGUUGGUGUUUAAGGAGAAGAAGGAGAAGCAGAGUUACAAGUUGAGCAUUGAAGGUCCACAUUUGAUGAAACAAGAGCAGGUUUUUGGUUUUCUUAUCUGGGAAGAAGUUGGAGGUAAUCAUGUGGUGAAAAGUCCUAUAGUGGCCACAAACAUCAACUCGGAUAUUAUUGGUUAG